AAUUAUUUCACCAUGAAUCAUGUCCCGAACGGCGUGCGUCGCGAGAAGGUGGAGGUGGUGUUCUCGACAAAGACCAAGGUGGCGACAGCGCCGACGUCUCUGCGCAAGGAGGAUGUACCAUCGUCGUAUGAGCUGCAUACAAGCACAGGUAGCGUAAAUAGUCGCCAAGACUCGAGCGAGCAACUGCACCAAGCGUCGGGUGAACCGAAUUACAUCCAAAUGUCUCGUGAGGGCAGCAGCGAAGUGGAGACGACGACAGAUCAAGCCAAAUCUGCGCCAAGCAGUGCAGACAAUCCGAUUCGUAAACGAGGCCGACGGUCGUCCCGAAAAGGAUCGUCGGCAUCGUCGUCCGAGGCGAAGGCGGCAUGCAGUGUGAGCGCGAGUGUGCGACGUCUUCGCCCGUCCAAAGCAUUGCUGCAACUCGAAUCAGCAACAGUCGCCGACUGCGUGAAAGCGAUGGUGGAUAGUCGCACUGAAGCGACGUUAGUGACCGACUCGAAUGGCUCGUUAACUGGAAUUCUCACAGACAAGGACGUUGCAUUACGCGUGGUGGCGCGGGGAUUGGACCCAAUAUCCACGAUUGCGCUGGAUGUGAUGACCCCGAACCCGUCAUGCGUGUCCCCUCGUGCGUGCGCGAUCGAAGCACUGGAGCAAAUGGUAUCUGGCCAGUUUCGGCACUUGCCCGUGGCGGACAAUGGCAGCGUCGUGGGUAUCUUGGACAUUGCCAAGUGUCUGUACGACGCUAUUUCGAAAAUCGAAAACGCCUACAUGGCGUCAUCGACCCAAUUCUCCAAGUCCAUGCAAACGCUGGACGCGACGAUUGGCGACAAGGAAGCGUCGUUGUUUGAGAAGAUGCGGGAAACGCUGUUUCUACCCACGCUAAGCUCGCUCAUCGACGGCCGCGCCGACGUGCCGGAGAUUGUGGACACGGCAACCGCCAGAGAAGCGUCGUUGCUGAUGCUGUACACGAAUUCGAGCGCCGUGAUGGUGUACGGGGAGGCGGGGGUCAUGGAGGGCAUCUGCACGACCAAGGACCUCAUGCGGCGGGUGCUCGCGGCGGGCCUGGACCCGGAAACGUGCGUCGUCCGGGACAUCAUGACGGCCAAACCCGAGUAUGCGCACCUGAACACGACCAUCCUGGACGCGUUGCACUCGAUGCACGACGGAAAGUUUCUCCACCUGCCCAUCUUGAAUGACGACGGCGUCGUCGUGGGGCUCGCGGAUGUCCUGCAAGUCACGUGCGGUGUGGUGCAUCACAUGGGCAGCUUCCAGCAGCAGCACACGGCGCACGUGAAUCCAGUGUGGAACCAGUUUUGGAACUCCAUUUUCAAUCCAACCCCCCCCAUCGCUACCACCCCAUCGCCACCACCACCACCAUCCUCGUCGUCCCAGCCAGCACCCCCCAUCCCCACAUAUAAUUGUAAGUACAUCUACCGAUUCUUCUUGAUGAUCCAUCUAACGCCCCUUGGCCCCUAGAUGCGGUGGCCUCGUCACUCCCGACCAGCACCACGCCCUCGUCGCUUACAUCGGCGGCUCGAGAUGUGCAGACGGGAGAUACGACGACGACGGAGCCUCGGCCGAUCUCGUUUGCAUAUAAAUUGACCGACCUGGCCCACCACACCCAUCGGUUUACGGCCACCGCGACCAAUUUAAGCGACCUACUGCAGCAAGUGCGGGAGCGCACGGGGCUCGUCCAUGAAGACGUGAAUUUGUACUACGUCGACGACGAGCACGACACGGUGCUGCUGUUUGCCGACCAGGAUUUGAAGGACGCGGUGGCGUUGGCGAUAGACCAAGCCGCCGCGUACGUCCGGCUCAAGGUCCAGCCGGCGGCCACCGUCGCCCGGACGGAAGGUGACGAUCACGAGGUGCCGCUGGAGGACCUGCCGAACCUCGAGCCGCCGCCUGUCGAGCGAACGUCGUUGUCCGAGUCGACGAUGCUGAAAAUCCGACAAGGCGGGCUCAUGACGGCGCUGACGAUGACUGUCGUGGGCGCGGCCAUGAUAUUUUCCAAGCGCAAGUAGUAGUAAUAGUAGUAAUAGUAGUAGUAGGAUGCGAUGAAGCAGAUGGAGUGGAGAAGGAAACGACACGUUUGAACGGCAGUUUAACGUUAUUAUGAGCGUCGCUGGCGGACUUUGAGCAGCAUGUCGACACACAAUUGCCGAAUGUCGUUGGUCACUUGAACGGCCUGCGACGUCUCGGAAUGGUUGGCUGUCGACGGGGUUCGUUUCUGCUGUGGGACCUUCUUGGCUCCGUUUGUCGACAGUGGCUUCUUCUUGGGAGUUGUAGUACUAGUAGUACUAGUAGUAGGUUGAUCAGCU